AUGGCCCCGCGUCGAGGCCAUGCCUCUCCCUUUGAUGAGUCCAAGGCCAAGGAGUUGACCGACAAGUUUCGCCGCGUCCUUAGCACCAAGCGGAUGAACGACCUGAGCAGCCGUUCCCGCUCGCAGUCGCCCGCCGCUCCCUUGCCGGCCACCAAUGCUCCCCCGCCAUCCUACACGACCGCCGUCCGCAACAUCCCGUUGGUUCCCUCGGCUCCCCGUGACCCCCGGUCCCUGCGCUUCAAGAACAUGCUCCACUCGCUCUCCAACAUGCCCGUCAAGUGGGAGAACCCCGGCCUUCUCGACGACGCCCUGCGCGUCAUCCCCUUGGAACAGGUCUACGGCGAGGCUGAGGAGGAAAGCCAGAUCUUCAAGGCCGAGGCCGAGAGUCUCGGCUCCAACAAGAAGCCCGCAUGGGGCUACCAGGACUGCGUCAUCCGUGCACUUCUCCGUUGGUUCAAGCGUUCCUUCUUCAGCUGGGUCAACAACCCCAUCUGCACCUCUUGCGGCUCUCCCACGAUAGCCAUCGGCAUGGCGGCGCCCCUCCAGGAUGAGCAGGCCCGUGGCGCCACCCAAGUCGAACUCUACCGCUGCUCCCUCGACCAAUGCGGAUGCUACGAGCGCUUCCCUCGAUACAACGACGCCUUUGUGCUUCUUCAGACCCGGAGAGGAAGAUGUGGCGAGUGGGCCAAUUGCUUCAGCAUGCUGUGCCGUGCUGUGGGCUCUCGCGUCCGUUGGGUAUGGAACUCGGAGGACCACGUCUGGACUGAGGUGUACUCUGUGCACAGGAAGAGGUGGAUUCACGUCGAUGCCUGCGAAGAGGCAUGGGACAAGCCCCGGCUUUACACGGAAGGCUGGGGCAAGAAGCUCGCAUACUGCAUUGCUUUCUCCGCCGAUGGCGCUAUGGACGUCACCAGGCGAUAUGUGCGAAACAGGGCUUUCGCUCUUGAGAGGCAACGGGCCCCGGAGGCAGUGCUCCUCUACAUCAUGAACGAAAUCCGCGCAUUGAGGCGGUCCAACCUGUCCAAGCAGGACAAGUUCCGGUUAGAGGGCGAGGAUAUGUCCGAGGACCGGGAGCUGAGGAGGUACAUGAUCGCGUCCAUCGCACACGAAAUCUGCAAGAUCAACCCGGAGGACAUCAUCCGUGGAGGCCCGUCUCCCGCACGCCGCCCGGACCCCGAUACGCAGAAGGCGGCCGAAGGCAGGCAGUCUGGCUCCGCCGAUUGGGUCCGUGCAAGGGGAGAAGGUGGGAGGAGCACUCCCAACCAGCAGAACCACCAGCAGCCUCCUAGGUGA